AUGGCCACUCUCUCGCCCUCGCACUCGCCAUGGCCUCAACCCUACAAAGCCGCCCUCGCAUUUACAAUGGACAACCUAGGUGAAGCCCAGGACGUACUCAGAGGCGCCUGGCCUCACCCCAUCGGCACGUACCCCUCGGUCACGUCCCACCUCCCGCGCAUGCUGGCCCUGCUCGCCAAGUACCGCGUGCGUGCCACCUACUUUGUUGAGGCCUGGAGCCUGGGCGUGUAUCCCUUGGCCGUGCAUGCGCUGGUUGAGGGAGGGCAUGAGGUGGCCUGGCAUGGGUUUCAGCAUGAGGUUUGGAGUGGGCUGAGUGAGCAGCAGGAGAGGGAGAAUUUUGAGAAGAGUUGGGAGGUUGCUGGGGCGCAAGGGGUGGGAUAUGUCGGUUUUAGGCCUCCUGGAGGCGAGGUGAAUCAUCGGACGUGGGGGUUGUUGAAGGAGUAUGCUGCGCGGUAUGUUUCGCCGCUAGGGGAGUUCGGGUUGGGGCCGGAGGGAAUGGUGGUGCUGCCCUUUGAAUGGAGGGCUGUCGACGCUUUUUGGUACAUGGAAAAGUUUGCAGGCAUCAGGAAGCAGAAUGGGGAGGGUGAAGAGGUGCUGAGUCCGUGGGAGUUUAGGGAAUGGUUAAUGGGAAGGGUGGACGAGACUGUGAAGACCAGCGGUUUCCUGUCGAUACUCUUCCACCCGUUCUUGCAGACGAGCGAAGACAAGUUUGAGGUACUGGAAGAGGUGCUGAAGAAAAUUGGCGGACAUCAGGACGUACGGGUCGCUCCCUGCAAGGAGAUUGCUGAGUGGUAUCUUCUCUGGUAUCUUCUCAAGGACAUGUGA